AUGGCACAUACUGCCAGAGGAGAAUCUUCUUCCAGCUCUGAUCCUCGUUAUUCAACUCCUAACUGGAAAUAUGAUGUGUUCUUGAGUUUUACAGGGAAAGACACUCGCUUGAAGUUUCUGGAUCACUUAGAUAAAGCUUUUGAAAGAAGUGGCAUCAAAACAUUUAAGGAUGAUAAAGAUCUUGAGAGAGGGAAAGUCAUAAAAGAAGAUCUGUUGCAAGCAAUCGAGGAUUCUCUCUGUGCAGUUGUUGUUAUCUCUGAAAAUUAUGCAAAAUCUACGUGGUGUUUAGAGGAGCUUCAAAAGAUCCUUAAAGCUUCAGAAAUAUUGGAUCGACGGGUUUUUCCCAUAUUCUAUGAUGUUGAUCCAGCCGAUGUAAGACACCAACGAAAACGCUUUCAGGAAGCCAUGGAUGAACAUGAAGACAGAUUCAGAGAGGACAAUGUGAAAGUGCAUACUUGGAGAAGUGCAUUGUGUGAAAUUGCCAACUUGUCUGGUUGGGACACCAGGGGCAGGCAGGAAGCAGAUCUUAUAGAAGAAAUAGUCAGAGAGGUAUGGGCUUACAUAAUUCCUAAAUUACCAUCUCAUGUUGACAAUCUAGUUGGGAUUGAGUCAAGAGCACGUGAUAUAAUGUCUCUCUUGGAGAUUGGGGUGGAUGACAGACGUUUUGUGGGGAUAUGGGGUAUGGGCGGUGUGGGUAAAACAACUCUUGCUAGAGUUGUUUUUGAAAAACUAUCCCACAAAUUUGAAGUGUGUUGCUUUCUUGUCAAUGUUAGAGAAACAUUUGAAAAAGAAGGCCACGUUGUCUCUUUGCAAAGAAAGCUUCUUUCUCCUCUCAAAAUAAAAGGCAUGGAAAUUUCUGAUGAUUACGAAGGAAUGAAGAUGAUAACAAAGCUUCUCUGCAGUAAAAAGGUUCUUCUAGUCAUUGAUGAUGUAGAUCAUCAGAAACAAUUAAAUAAUUUGGCUAAAAGUCCAUAUUGGUUUGGUAAAGGAAGCAGAAUAAUUUUUACAACAAGAGAUAAGCACUUGCUCACCUCGUUUGAAGUAGAUGAGCAAAGAAUAUAUGAGAUGAAAACCAUGGAGGGAGAUGAAUCUCUUCAACUCUUUUCAAACAAAGCAUUCAACAAAGGCCAUCCUCCUGAUGAGGCUUAUUGGAAAUUAUCUAAAUCUGUAGUUGAACAAGCAGCUGGUCUUCCUUUGGCACUUGAAGUUUUGGGUUAUUUUCUUCGCGGAAGAGAAAAAGAUAAGUGGAUAGGUGCUUUAGAUAAAUUAAAGAAAAGUUAUAUUGAUAAAGAUAUUUAUCCAGUGCUUAAAAUAAGUUAUGAUGGAUUGGAUGAGCAACAACAGAGGUCUUGA